GCCCUUUUCCCCCCUUUUGCUGCCGUAGGCGGAGGUGUACUGUCUUGUAGCAGCGGGUGCAAUCCCACUUAAUCUAAAUAACCAUGCUGAUUUUUAAGGAUAAGAUCUCCGGCGAUGAGAUGUUCACCGAUUCCAGCAAGUACAAGUUGGUGGACGACUGCAUCUUCGAAAUUGAAUGUCACCAUGUGACCCGCAAGCAGGGUGAAAUCCAGCUGGAUGGUGCAAACCCUUCUGCCGAGGAGGUUGACGAGGGUACAGAUGAGAAUGUAGAAAGCGGCCUGGACUUGGUGUUGAACAUGCGGCUCACAGAAACCUGCUUCACCAAGGCUGACUACAAGAACUACCUCAAGACCUACACCAAGGCGCUUCAGGAGAAGUGGAAGGAGGAGGGCAAGUCUCCUGAGGAGAUUGAGGAUGCCAAGAGCAAGUUAACCACUGCUGUCAAAAAGGUGUUGCCCAAGUUGGAUGACUACCAGUUCUUCAUUGGCGAGUCCUGCAAUGCUGAGGGCAUUGUUGGUCUCCUGGAAUACCGUGAACAGGAUGGUGGAGGAGAGAAGGCAGUGAUGAUGUUCUUCAAGCAUGGUCUGGAUGAAGAAAAAAUGUAAAUGUAUCGAGAGCUGUGACAGAAGACCUGGCCUUCAGCGGGGGACGGCCAAGGAGUGCCAGCAGAGGUGUUUACAACUCCAUCCUCUGCAGCCCUUGGCCCUGAACAUUAUUGAAAGAACAGUGCAAGUGUACCCGAGCUCGUUGACAAAAGGAACCUCUUGUGCCUGUUGUCAUUUUAUGUAAAGCUGUCCACCUAACACAGGAGAGCGAGCAGUGGCCCCCACCCUCCUGUACCUUGGACACUAUUUAUUAUAUGCUUUUGGAACAGUUGUGCUGUUCAUUAAAGGAGUUGUAAAUUCU